GAAGUCGGUUUGAGCUUCAGUCUGAUUCACCAGCGCUGUGUUGGUGAAUUUAUUUGUAAAUAUGACACAAACAGACCGAGAUGCGGAGAACGGCCGAGACAGAGAGAAAGACCGGGAAAAAGAGCAGCAGCGCGGUGUGAAGAGACCCAUCAUGCCCGCCGCGGUGCCGGAGCCCGUGCAGGAGCAAAUUCAAGCCAACUUCAUUGUUGUGAUUCAUCCUGGGUCAAGAACGCUGCGUCUGGGUCGAGCGACGGACACAUUACCCAUAAGCGUCCCUCAUGUGAUCGCCCGCAGACACAAACACCCCGGCCAGAGCCGCUAUGAAGACAAGUGUCUGCUCCGGGAAGGCCUGAAUUCUGCAGACAGCAAUGAGCAGAGGCAGAGCGGGCUGAAAAUGGUGGAUCAGGUGAUCUGGUCCAAGAAAAUGUCCAACGGUGUGAGGAGAACGCCAGUGUCCGCAGAGCAGGCAAGGUUAUACAACAGACAGAUACGACCUGCUGUUCUAGACCCGAACUCUAAAGUCAGCUGGACAAACACAAGUCAACAUCCUGAAUAUGUGGUCGGUGAUGAGGCGUUGUAUGUGAACCCAACAGACUGCUACAGCGUGCACUGGCCAGUGUGCAGGGGUCGUCUGAACCUCCACAGCAGCUCCGGCGGCUCGCUCAGUGCUGUCCUGAUGGAUCUGGAGCACAUCUGGACUCACGCUCUUCAGAAGCUCCUACAGAUCCCUCUAAAGGAUCUCAAGUAUUACAGAUGCAUCCUCCUGAUUCCUGAUAUAUAUAACCGUCAGCAUGUGAAGGAGAUCGUCAAUAUGCUGCUUGUUAAAAUGGGUUUCUCAGCUGUCGUGGUGCACCAGGAAUCAGUGUGUGCCACCUUCGGCAGUGGUCUGAGCAGUGCAUGUGUUGUGGACGUGGGCGAUCAGAAGACCAGUGUGUGCUGUGUGGAGGACGGCGUCUCCCACCGCAGCUCCAGGUUGUGUCUUGCGUACGGAGGCUCAGACGUGACUCGAUGUUUCUUCUGGCUCAUGCAGAGAGCUGGGUUUCCCUACAGGGAUUGUCAGCUGGGGAAUAAACUGGACUGUGUGCUUCUACAGCAGCUUAAAGAGUCUUUCUGCCAUCUGGAUCAGGAUAUUUCGGGACUGCAGGAUCACGAGUUUCGCACCCGUUUCCCAGAUUCCCCAGUGCUUUUGUAUCAGCUGCGGUUAGGAGACGAGAAGCUCCAGGCUCCGAUGUCGUUGUUUUACCCGGCAGCGUUCGGGAUUGUAGGUCAGAAGAUGACAACACUGCUGCAUCGCUCUCAAGGGGACGCGGAGGAUCCUCACGAUGAACACUUUCUGCUGACCACACAGAGCAAACAAGACCAGUCCUCUAAAGCCAGCGCAGACCGUAAAUCCUUCCCCAAACCGGGCGGUUUCGAGGGUGAAUCCAGCAUCUGCGAGGCGUCAGAGAAAAGCAGUCUGGGUCAGGAUCUGGAUCUGGGUCAUUCUCAGGCCGAGUGUCUGGUCGGAGGAGCUGAAGCUGAAGAAACAGCGUCUGCUCUGCUGUCUAAGAAGACAGCCAUCUCUCAGUUUGAGGGAAAAGCUCUGGGCAUCGAUAAAGCCAUCCUGCACAGCAUCGACUCCUGCGCGUCAGACGAGACGAAGCGUAAGAUGUACAGCUGUAUUCUGGUGGUCGGCGGCGGCCUGCUGUUUCACGGAGCGCAGGACUUCCUGCAGCAUCGCAUCCUCAACAAGAUGCCACCUUCAUUUAGAUGCAUGGUGGAGAACGUAGAUGUCAUCACACGACCCAAGGACAUGGAUGCUCGAGUGUGUGUGUGGAAGGGAGGCUCAGUGCUGGCGUGUUUGGACACCACACAGGAGCUCUGGAUCCACCAGCGCGAGUGGCAGCGUUUCGGCGUGCGAAUGCUGAGAGAGCGAGCCGCCUUCGUCUGGUAAAACUAAAAAAAUGAAAUCUGACACAUCAGUUAUGAUGCUGGACAGAUGGUGUAAAUAUGCUUGCUUGCAUUUUUCUUCAUGCAUUUUAAUUCAUACAAAAGUGAUGCGUAUUUAAUAGAUACUUGCACUUUUCUAAAGAUACAAUAAAAGUGUGAGCUGUAUAGUAAUGUUUUGGCUUUUCCAUUUGUGACCCUUGUCUUACUGUAUGUUGCACAGUUAUAUUUGUAAAAAUAGCCAGAAAUACAGUGUACAACAAUAUGCUUUAUUAAGGAUGAGUGUCAGUUUGUAGACGCUCCAUAUGACCUCUCUUCAAAGCACAGGGAAUGUUUACUGGAGCUGUUGUUUCUUACACAUUUUAAUGGGCAUCUAUUUUACCCCUUUUACAAGAUGGAAGAUCAGUCUUUGGUGUCUCCAGAGUGUGUCUGUAUGGUUUCAGCCCCAAAACACCCAUCAGAUUAUUUAUUAUCGCCUCCAGAAUCUGCCCAUUUUGAUGUCUGAGUACAGUGUAGCUGUUUUUGUAGCCUGUGGCUUUAAAUGCAAAUGAGCUGCUUCUCCCCGCCUACCACUCCCAAAUCAUACCUGUCAACCCUCCCGUUUUUCCCGAGAUUCUCCCAUAUUUUACAGUUCUAUCCUGCUAUCAUCCUGUAAAAGUAUUUCUCCUGUAUUUUCAGUCUUUCUCUGACAGUUGGCAAAUAAACAUUAAAGAGCCGAGCCUCCCUAUACGCAACCCAUACCGCCGAACCACCAGGGGCCGCACUUUACUCUUAAAUGUGAGUCAGUUCUGUGCUUUCGCUUUGUUUAGGCAUGGAAACACUUUGAAAUAAAUAUAAAACCGGCAGGAUUCCCUUUCCUUUUCAUUACAGGUGCCGUCUCCCCUUUAUAUACAAUCCUCAAAACAGUCAUAUAGCAGUGCGUGACUGUCAGCUGACGCGCUCCAUAGUGAUCAAUAGACGCUGUUUCCCAAACGGAUUCUGUAAACGCGAUUUGAAGCGAAUCGAAAGUCUGGGUUUUGGGUGCGUGUUUGAA